CAAUACCAAACGAACCUUGAGUUCCGUUCGGUUCUUGUACAGCAUCUUACGCCUUAAGAUACUUUGUGGUUUGCAAAACUUUCAUUUCAACUAUAUUUAUAAUCCCACAAAAGUUAAAAGUUCAAAAAAUCGUGAAUUUAAAAAUAAAAUUACAUUGUGAUUCAAACAAGUAUUGUGAUAACUUUAAAACAAGCUGUGUAUUUUAGUGCCCACCCUUAUUCAUGUUCUUUCACAUUCAAUGGAUACCAAAUUUCUUUUUCAAGAAAUCUUCAAAUUUUAAAAGUUAUACAUAUCUUUUUUUAAAUUAAAAAUGCGUAAGAAACGAUGUAAACGAAACUGAACCAUGUCGUCUCCAACUCCGGAUAUACAAAAAUCCUCAGACCAUGCCUAUCAAGUCAGCGAAUCGAGCGAUCAUGCUCUUCUCUCGCACGCUCAUUCUUGCCCGUGUACCACCGAUAAAAGCUCGACCGAAACGAAAACGGAAACUUCUCACACCCACUGCACCCAUCAUCAUCAUAACGUCCUCAUGACCCACGUUCCACCCCCAGCCACCAGCCAUAUUCAUCCUCCCAUCAGUCAAGCUGUUCACGUGCACGUUCACGCCUCCCCAAAAUCGGGGCACGCACCGAAAAUCAACGUACAACAGCAACAGCAACAACCACAGCCAAAGUGCACUUGUCAUCUGCAGGAUAAUGUGGAGGGCGUGGAAAAUGUCGUCGUUGAAAGUAAUAAUCAAGGAGGUGGCGUUGUCGGAAGGAAAAUUGAAGCUGAUGACAGGAUUGAAGUGUCUCCGUUGCCGCCUGCUUUACCACCGAGGCCACCACCAAGACCUAGAUUAGAUGGUGGGGGAACUUUAACAUCUAGGACAUCACCAAGAGAUACAACUCCUGGUAGUGGAGGAAUUAGAAAAUAUGUGUUUUGGUGUUGCAUUUGCGGUGGAAUGGCAACUAUAUUAGGAGCCUUAUUCUUAGCAGUUUACUUCCUUUUAAGAUCAUACACUUCAACAUUAGGAUAUUUUGAAACCAUACCAACAUUCGUGCCUGCCACUAUGUUAAUUUUAACUGGAUUAUGUGUAAUGAGUUUAGCACGACGAAAAAAUAGAUACAGUUAUUUGAUUAAAGUAUGUGGCUUAUGCUGCUUAGUUUGUGCAUUAACAUGCGUUUUGGUAACAAUCACAACAACAGUAAUCCAUAUGAAUCGACUACAAGCACUCAAAGAAUGUGUAUACACUCAAAAGACAAGGACAUGUACUUGUUACUCAGUAGUCAUUGAAGCACACGCAACAACCGACGAAGGAGUACGAUUUGUUUUCGAUUCAACUCCAGAUUGCGAAGUUAUUCAUGGUGCUUUAUAUUCAUGUUUACGUGCAAUGUUUGGAUUAUCAGUUAGUGGGAUUUUAGUUUGUAUAUUUUCUUGUAUGUUGGUUUAUCAAUUGUUGAGUCAUGAAAGGAAAAAGAUGUAUUGGGAACAAUUGGAGUUACGUUGUCGAUCUUUUUACCAACAACACAGUGCUGCACCUUCUAGUACACAUGGAUCAAUGCGUGGACCCCCGAUGCCUCCAGCGACUUAUUGUAGUUGUUGUGAAGAAUGCAGGUAUCCCUCAAUACCUACAGGACACCAUAUAUAUCCAUGGGAUAGUCACCAUUCAACGGACAGAUUUUGGACACCAGGUCGUGUAGGAAAUUUUUACUCCCCAAAUCCAGGAGAAGAAGCUACCAAUCCAGCUACUGAAACUCGUGAAAGAACCGGAUGGAAUUGGCGAAAACUACCAUGGAAUCGAGGAAAUUCAUCCAACCAAGAAUCACAAAGAGACAAUUCCUUGACGUACCAAGGAGGUAUCAGCAGCGCAGAUAGUCAAUAUGGUUUUAGUAACCGAUCCGGAGGUGACUCAACGCUUCCCAUCUCAUCAACCGGAUCAUAUAGCGUAUUAGAUAAUCGUCCAGUUGGAGGUGUUUAUGUUUGGGGUCCACCUCCACCAUACUCAAAUCCAAAUUCCCCGGCGCGACUUCCCAUGCAAUCUCCUCAAAGAUAUCAUCACGUUCAUCAUCACAAUCACGCACAUGAAAAUCAUUGCCAAAUGAACGAAGAAAAUCAAUUUCGAACAAAUCAGGAUUUUCAAUUUAGAAGAAGCAGACAAUAUCCAAGUAAAGAUAACUAUGAGAAUACAACGGAAGCUGAAGGACAUCAUCAACCAAAUGAUAACAGUGAAAGCACUGACACUUCAAGUUGUGAUCGAGUUUCUCAUACACUUCCGGUAAGAAAAAUGAAGAAGAGGGUUGAUAUGUCUUCUGUUAAAGCUCAAGUAACAAAUUCUAGGACGAAUGUUAAAAAUGUUUUUGGAGUGCAAAAUGUGCAAAGUUUCCCAGAAGAAUCAAAACAUGAGGAGGAACAUAAAUAUCAUGAGCCUAACCUUCAAGAAGGUGGAAAUUCUGGCGAAGCACAACCAAGAUUCUUGCCUAGAUUACAAGGUGUUGAAAACGCUGCAUUUCAAAAACAAGAAAGUCCCCAAAAAACUGAGCCAACUGAAUCUGAGGUUUAUUUUGCUGAUGUGAGCAGUUGCUGUAAUAUUUCUGUAAGAAAUGACGGACAAGAUUCUUCAUUGUAUGAUGAAGCUUUAGAUAAUUUAAAACCUAGAUUAAUUUCUUUGCAAUGCUCGCAUAAAUCACCUGAGAAAGAACAAAGUUUUGAUAAUAAUGUACCAAAUAGCGAAGACGCUGAAGAUUAUCUUGCUCAUCGUUUGGGAAAACGACAAAUGUCAACGAGAAGUCGAUUACCAUUUCCUUUACCAGACACAGAUGAAUUAACAAUGCCGGAAAUUGGUGAAUCUUGUGGUUUACCAAAAGAUUUAUCUCAAAAUAGUUUAUGUAGUAGUGUACAAACACCGAUGACUGAAACAACAGAUGUUGGGUUAUCACCUUUAACGCCAACAUUUCCUAAUGUUGAAUGUUGCAGAAAUUACUUUCCUGGUGGUGAAAAAAAUCAAGAUAAACGUAAAAAUUUUCAAAAUAAUGAUGAAUUUUUAGCACCUGAUGCACAAUACGAAGUGAUUCAAGAAAACUCAUCUCAACAACAGUUUAGACAUAAUUAUAACGAAAGUAGUAAUUUAACCAACACCAUUUCCGGGUUGAACAAUUUCGGACAAAAUUAUUUUUCAGGAAAAAAUAAUUUUAAUCAAGGAAAUUUUAGUCCGAAAAAUAUUCCCCCGAAAUCAUUAAAUUUAAAUUUAAAUCAAUCGCCAAGGAGGAAUAUCGGCACAAAUAUUUCAACGUUAAUACAAAAUUUGGGUGGAAAUCCGGUUGGUUUGUUAUACAGCGAAGCGAAUAGCGGCGAUGAAGAAGUCCAAACGCAAGCAUGUCACAGCGAUGGAACGAUGGAUAGUGGAUGGCAGAGCGGAUCUGAAAAGCAAGAUAGAAAACCGGAAAAUGCCGAAACCGUUUCACACAUGUCUGUAAAUGUAUAGUGCUUAGGUGUUUUUGUUAAUUUUUUUUUGUUGGACUAUGAACGAUAAAAUAUAAUAUUUAUAUUAUGUAAUAAUGUGGCAAAUAGAUUUAUUCUUGUAACUGUCCGAAAAUAAUGAAAACGAGUUAUGUAAAAAAAUAAUUCAUAGAGUAAUAAUUUUAUAUCGAUUGUUUUGCAGGAAAUAAAUCGUGUUAAAUGUCAAAAAUGA